AUGUCUGCUCCUCCAGCUGAGUUCCUCAUCACCGGGCAUGCUGCUCUGGCAAACCCUAGCCCAGCACCCCUCCUCACCCAGGCAGACUCCAGGGACAAGUGGAGGAAAAAGAUGGAUUUCCUUUUGUCAGUGAUAGGAUUUGCUGUGGAUCUGGGCAACGUCUGGAGGUUCCCUUAUAUCUGCUACCAGAAUGGAGGUGGAGCUUUUCUCAUCCCGUACAUCUUGAUGGCCGUUUUCGGAGGAGUGCCUCUCUUUUACAUGGAGCUGGCUCUCGGACAAUUUCAUCGGGUAGGAGCUAUACCCAUUUGGAAGCACAUCUGCCCCAUCUUUAAAGGUAUCGGUUUUGCCAUCUGCAUCAUUGGCCUGUAUGUCUCAUUCUACUACAACACCAUCAUUGCCUGGGCCCUGUAUUACUUCUAUUCAUCAUUCACCCACACCUUGCCCUGGACCAGCUGUGACAACCCCUGGAAUACGCCCAACUGCACCAGCUAUUUUGGGAAGAGCAACGUCACCUGGACCAACCACUCCAAGUCGCCAGCCGAGGAGUUUUACGUGAGGAAGGUUCUGGAGCUCCAGAACUCGCAGGGCCUGUCCAACGUGGGAGGCAUCCGUUGGCAGCUGCUCCUCUGCCUCUUCCUCAUCUUCACCAUUGUCUACUUCAGCCUUUGGAAAGGGGUAAAGACCUCUGGGAAGGUGGUGUGGGUGACAGCCACCCUGCCCUACGCUGUCUUGCUCAUCCUGCUGAUUCGUGGAGCGACUCUGCCAGGAGCCUGGAGAGGGAUCGUCUUCUACCUGCGACCCAACUGGGAGAAGCUCACCAGCACAGCCCCUCUAUCUGGGUUCUAUUUUGUUCCUCUGAGCCAGAGGCCUGUUGUAUUUGGGUCUGUGCAGGUUUGGGUCGAUGCUGCCGCCCAGAUCUUCUUCUCCCUGGGGCCAGGAUUUGGUGUCCUCCUCGCUCUGUCCAGUUACAAUCCAUUCCACAACAAUUGCUACCGGGAUGCCAUCAUCACCAGCGUGGUCAACUGCCUCACCAGCUUCCUGUCAGGAUUCGUCAUUUUCACCGUCUUGGGAUACAUGGCAGAAAUGAGGGAUGUGGAAGUCGAGGAUGUGGCAAGAGACAAAGGGCCCAGCCUCCUCUUCAUCACUUACCCUGAAGCCAUCGCUAACAUGGUCGGCUCCACUUUCUUCGCCAUAAUCUUCUUCCUCAUGAUGAUAACACUGGGACUGGACAGCACGUUUGGGGGCCUGGAGGCUAUGAUCACAGCAAUAAUGGACGAGUACCCCCACCUCCUGGCCAAGCAACGGGAGCUGUUUGUCCUGGGGCUCAUCACAACCUGCUUCCUGGGCUCUGUAGCCACUCUGACCAGUGGCGGGUCAUACAUCGUGAAACUCUUGGAAGAGUUUGGUGCCGGCUGCUCCAUCUUAGCAGUGGUGUUCCUGGAGUCCAUUGCAGUCUCCUGGUUUUACGGGAUCCAGCAGUUUUGCAAUGACGUGAAGGCAAUGCUGGGGUUUGCUCCAGGAAUCUAUUGGCAGGUUUGCUGGGCUGCUGUCAGUCCAGCCUUUCUAGCAUUCAUCAUUGCCAGCUCCCUCCUGGACCAGCCUCCCCUCACUCUCUUCGACUACCAGUACCCAGACUGGAGCAUCUUGGUGGGUUACCUCAUCGGAGCCUCAUCCUUCAUUUGCAUCCCAGUCUACAUGGUCUACAAGCUGGUCUGGACCCCGGGAUCUCUUAAGCAGCGCCUGGCAGUCUGCCUUCGGCCGGAGAAGAGAGCUCAAGAGCAGCCCAUGGAGCCUGGGCUCACGCCACUGGCCCCCUAAUCCACGGCACGGACAGCCCCCCGAAAGGAGAGGCCAGCAGGACAGAGGGGGCCAACUCCAGAGCAACCGGGAGCCCCA